ACAGACGAAAACCGCGUGUAAAACUUGAUAAAGUAAAAAAAACAACGUGUGUGUUUUUUCAUUAAGAAUGUCAAAAAAUUGGCAUGUUAAAAACACUGUCGAGGAAGCCUCAGAUAUAGAAGAAACCGAGGAAGAGCAAAUAAAUGAAGAAAGUUCCGAAGAUGAUGAACUCUCUGGCCUAGACAUUCCGGAAGCAAAACUUCCUGUCUUACGUUCGAUUGUGAGUAAGGGGAAAGCUGUUGCUAAUGAUCAGCAACAAUAUUUUCAGCAUAGUGAAAGAAGUGAAGACGCAGAUAAACUUGCCAUUAGAGAGGAGCUCUCUGCGUUGACGUUUGAAGAGCUGCAAAAACUCAAGGAAAAAAUUGGUUCAAAAAAAUUUAACCAGACACUUACAGGGGUGAAGAAGAAGCCUCAGGUGAAAACAGAUUUCAAAAGAGCCAACCCAAACAGACCUAGGGAAAUAUCUUCAAAAUCAAGAAAAAUAGAAACUAGGGUUGCAGUUCAAGUUCCUAAAGUUUUCCGAAAUGAUCCUCGUUUUGACAAUCUCUGUGGGGAAUUUCGUGAGAGGUCAUUUCACAGGAACUACGAUUUUGUGAAUAAAAUGAAGGAAGAUGAAGUAAAGAAAUUAAAGGAAGAACUCCGGGAGGAAACGCAACCAAGGCGCAUCGAAAAAAUCAAAUAUCUUAUACAAAGAAUGGAAAAUCAAAUCAGAGCAGAGAAGAAGCGUAAGUUAGAAGAAGAAAAAGAGGAAGAAGAAAAACGGAUUACCAUAGAGGCUUUGAAAGAAGGAAAAUCCCCUUACUUUGCGACUAAACUGGCACGUAAGGAAAGAGAUCUUAAAGAGAAAUUUGAAGGCUUGAAGGAGGAGGGAAAACUGAACCAAUAUAUGGCGAAAAAACGGAAGCAUAAUGCCCAGAGAGACAGGAAACAUAUGCCGUCUGACCACUAUUGAUUGGAGAAAAUUGACAAAUUUAUUGACUACUAUUGCAAAUACACACAAACCCUACGCUGUACGCAA